AUGACCUAUACUAAUGAGCAAAAAGGAAAUUAUUAUAUAAUUGCUGACCAUUUGCGAACCACCAUUUUCGCACUGGCGGAUGGAGCAACCUUUGAGUCCAAAGGGCGGGGUUAUAUUCUCAAAAAAUUAGUCAAAAAAGCCACUUUAUUAAGUUAUUUGUUAGGUCUAAACAGCGAACAAUUACAAAAAGUUAGUGAAAAGUUAAUUGAGGUUAACGCUUCCUAUUAUCAACAUUUAAAGGCAAACGAGAAUUUAAUAAUUAGUGAAUUAAAAAAAGAAAUCGAAAAAAACCGGGAAUUUAUUCUUCGAGCCAACCGAGAAUUAGAAAA